AUGAUUAUUAUUUUGAAUAGAUUACAUUAUGUACAAGUUUAAAAACAGAAAAAGAUUACUGACAAGAAACUAAAAUAAAAAGUGUCUUUUUAAAAGGAAUUCUAAAGAAUGAAUGGAAUAGUAAAAAAUACCUAAAAUUAUAAUGGUAAUAUUUAUUCUGUAGAUUUUAGUAAUGGAAUCUAAGCAACAUAAAAAGUAAAUUUAUAUUUAUCGUUAUUUAAAAAGGGAUCUUUAUGUUGGAUUGACUAUGAAAACUAUAUUUUAGAGAUAAUUCAUCAUACAGUUUGGAAAAGGAAUCAGAUUAAUUAAUUGAUUUAAUUAAUUUGAGAUGUUUGGAGAUCUGGAUAUACUUAUUGUUUGAGUUAAAGGAACUCACGAUUAAUUAAAUCUUCAUACUUAUUAUUAAACAUACAAUGUGAAUUAGUUUUAAUUAUAAGAUAGAAGUUAGUAUAUUCAAUAAUUAUGAAGUCCUUCAAAAUAUGAAAUCUUGGAGAUGGAAAUGAUUAUUUAGGCAAUAUUUAUCAUUGAAAAUUGUUGA